AUGAAACAUAUUCUCGUUGUGAUCUAUAUAUUUUACUGCUGGUUAAAUAACGUUGUUGUAAUAAAUGGUAGUUCUGCAGGAGACGUCCUGUCUCAGCAAUUUACUAAAUUUGCCAUUUUACAAGCUGUGCGCGGCGAUGAACAGGUGGUGUUAACUUGGAAUGCAGUGCCAGCAGUGUUAGAAUACGUUAUUGAAUAUGGUACAAGUUCCCAAACGUAUACCAAAACGCUGAUCUCCCUCUCAUCUUCGUUGACAAUCACUGGACUUGAUAAUGGAUUUACUUACUAUUUUCGAGUGACUGCACGUUUAAUAACAGGUGCAACUAACACAACUUCCGAAGUCUCUGUUAGACUUCCUCGAUUGAGUGGCCUUCGUCCACGUGAACUUGGUCUGUUGAUCAAUGACAACGAUCCCGAGAGUGUCAUGAUUGGUGAAUACUAUCGAACGCGUCGUCAUAUUCCUUCACAAAAUAUAGUUCAUCUCAAUGUUUCUAUCAAAGUACAAUUAAGCAGUGCUGAAUUUCUAGCGUUGAAAGAUCAAGUAGACCGUACCUUGCCAACAACGGUUCAGGCACUAGCAAUUGCAUGGACAAUACCAUAUCGCGUUGAAUGCAAUUCGAUCACUUCAGCAUUUGCACUAAAUUACAUGGAUGGCCCUUGCAAAGCUUCAACAUGUAACUGGGCUGCGUCAUCACCUUACUAUAAAACGAAUUCGACGAAGCCAUUUACCGAUUUCAAGAUGCGUCCUGCCAUGAUGCUCGCAGCACUCACUGCUGAUGAAACCAAGUCGAUGAUUAAUAGAGGUAUCGCUUCCGACGGAACACACCCACGUGGUUCUGCUUAUAUCAUGAAUACAACUGAUUCAUUAAGAAGUCUUCGCGCAAGAAUCUUUCCAGUUGCUAAUCUAGGAACUGCAUUGAGCUCUUCCGUGAAUGUUCAAAUUAGAAAUGCAGAUUGGAUUUCCAAUACAACAGAUGCAUUGUUUUAUUUUCAAGGAUUAGCAUCAGUCAUAAAUAUCGAUCGGAAUGAAUUUCCACCAGGUGCUAUAGGAGAUCAUUUGACGUCAUUCGGAGGCAUGCUUACCGAUUCCUAUCAAAUGUCUGCACUUAAAUUUAUUGCUGGUGGUACAACAGGAACGUUUGGUACUGUGACUGAACCAUGUGCUUAUGCUGAAAAGUUUCCCGAUCCAACCAUUAUGAUUCAAUAUUAUACCAAAGGUGAAACUCUUAUUGAAGCAUAUUGGAAAAGCAUUCUUCAAACAUUCCAAGGUAUAUUUGUCGGUGAACCUCUGGCUAAUCCUUGGAAACAGGAAAUUGUUUGA